AUGUUCGCAUUCCUUCGCGGUUCGUUUCCACCGCGCACCAACAAUGCGGCCAACAAUCCCAUCAUCUAUGAAAACGGGAAGUCCUCAGUCAAGUUCCACGCUCCAGAGUCUCAGUUCAUCAUGACACAUACCAUUCCUCCAAGCGGAGGUGAGAACGGCGUGUCCAUCAUCACGCCUCCAUUUCACUAUCACAUCUACCAAGACGAGUACUUUGGACUACAAAAGGGCACAGCCGUCCUCUUCAAGGGCAUCGACCCCAAGCCUUUCGCGACACUCACCGAGGAUGGUCAGAGAAAGGCCACCGUCCCCGCCGGCAACUACCAUCGAUUUGAGAACGGCUCCGAGACGGAAGACCUAGUCAUUGACAUCCAUCUGACACCGGAAUCGUACGAGAACGAGCAGAAGUUCUUCCGCAACUUCUUCGGCUACCUGGACGACUGCAAGUCUACAAAGGCGAGCCCCAGCUUUUUCCAGCUCAUGGUCUUCCUACACAGUGCCGAUACGCCGUUGGCACUACCCCUUCCCAAUGAGUGGCUUGGACGUGUUGUCAGCCGGGCGUUCUUGAUUGUGGUGGCCGCCUGGGGAAGGUGGAUCUUGGGUUACAAGCAGACUUACCCCGAGUAUUAUGAAGAGGGCAAAUCCAAGUAG